GCGCCACUUUGCCUCACUAACUCCGAAAGCGAUCGUUGUCGGAGUUGGUUCGUUGUUGCUGUGUCGCUGUGUGGAGAGGGGAAACUGGAGCGGAGCCGCAUCGCUUCGGAAACGUCAGUGAAUCUUAUUAUAAAACAUUACAGCUACACAGGCGCCCCAUUAUUGCUAUCACUUAUACAGACCUUAUUUCUUGACCCUUUAUCGCAAGUGACCCCCUGUUUUUGCUAAACUCGGACCCAGCUAUGUCGAACAAAGAGGAAAAACCAGAAGAUCAAAACCAGUCCAGUUGGAAAGAAUUUUUCUACAAUCCAAGGACUGGAGAGUUCAUUGGUCGUACCGCCAGCAGUUGGGCCCUCAUCAUCCUCUUCUAUUUGGUCUUCUAUGGCUUCCUGGCGGGAAUGUUCUCCCUCACGAUGUGGGUCAUGCUGCAGACCCUGGAUGACUACACUCCGAAGUACCGGGACCGAGUCUCUAACCCAGGACUGGUAAUUAGGCCUAAGUACAUGGACAUUGUCUUCAACCGGACAGAUCCUUUAAAUUAUCGAAAGUACGUCCAGCACCUGGAGUCCUUCCUGCAACAAUACAAUGACACAGAGCAGGAGAAGAACGAGCUGUGUGUGGCGGGGAAGUACUUUGAGCAGGACGAGGAGCCGGUGAAGAAGGCGUGUCAGUUCAAGCGCAAUUUCCUCAGACAGUGCUCCGGCCUGUCAGACACCACGUUCGGCUACGCCGAGGGCAAGCCCUGCGUCCUGGUCAAGAUGAACAGAAUUAUUGGGUUGAAGCCAAAAGGCGAACCGUAUAUAAGCUGCAAUCAAAAGACAGAAGGCACCUUGCAGAUACUGUAUUUCCCCAGCGAGGGGAAGUUCGAUAAGAUGUACUUUCCUUAUUAUGGGAAAAAAGCCCACCCAAAUUAUGUUCAGCCUCUGGUCGCAGUUAAGCUGCUGCUGGGGAAGGAGAACUACGACGAGGAGAUCAGCAUCGAGUGCAAGAUCGAGGGCACCGACCUGAAGAACAACGACGAGCGGGACAAGUUCCUGGGGCGCGUGGUGUUCAGAGUGAAAGUGACAGAGUAGGGCGGGGCUGGCAGAGCGGCACAAUGCCCAAUGUUGUGUGUAUCCGCAACACCACCUCCACCACCCCUCCUCCUCCUCCUCCCCACCCACUCCGCUCCCCGACCCCUCCCUUUUACGCCUGGGACUGGCACUGCUCCGUACUGAAGGGCGGGGCUGCGGGGAGGGGGGGCCGGCGCUGUCGGAAGCACGGCGGUGUGCUUCUGGAUCUUCCAAUUAAAACCCCUUGUGUGUCGCUACCUUCAUUUCCCUGCCUGCCUCCCCUCCCCUACCCCACCCCCCAACCCCCCCAGUGGAAAAGAAUGAAGGACACCGUGCCCCUGACCCCCAGCAGCCCGAACUAGACCAUGAGCAUGGAACACCCUGGUGCCACGCCCAGGGCCUGUAAAUAGCUGUAUUUGAAGCCUCGAGUCGCUGUGUUCCCUCUCUUGUGCGGUGUGUCAUGCGGAAUGUGCUGUGAAGUUUCUGUGUACAUAUUUAAUGGAUCCAAGCAAACAUUGUUUCUCUGUCAUAGCUCACUAUGUCUGACCACUGUAAGAAAUCAGAAGAAAUUUUAAAAAAGAAAUAGUUUUAAAUAUCGAAAGGAAAAUUUUAAAAAAGCCCAAAAAUAUAUAAGCGAAGCUGAACGUGGCCAACGUGUAAAGGGAUUUUUUAACCCCUGCAGGAGUCUUGGCCUCUGCAGACGCCUUAAGACCUGUAUGGAGAAAAUCUGAAAUAAAGGUGAUUUUAAACUAA